AUGAGCUUCAGUAGCGUCUGGAAAGUAGCAUUGUGCUUCUCUAGUGAGCUCCGCAAUAUCUGUACCCCUCGCAAAGUUAUCCUCACGAAGGAGCACCUUGAAUACUUCCAGAACUCCCAAACGCACAAGGACAUUGUAUCGUAUAUCGAGACACUUAAUGAGGCCGUGGUUGGCGUGCAGCUGACCGAUCAGUGCACCGAGUCUCCCGGUGUGAGAGCGAUCGUUGGCAUGUUUGACGAGGUGGAGAAGAUUGCCAAGGCCACGCCUCCUGUGGACAAUAAGGCGUCGCGCUUUGGGAAUCCUGCAUUUAGGACGUUUUAUGACAAGGUUGCUGAGGCUGCACCAUCUCUGCACACAAAGUUGCCCGGCUUGGCUCAGGAGGCGAUACCCGAGCUUGCUGUGUACUUUGGCGAAUCAUGGGGCAACCGAGCAAGGAUUGCCUACGGAAGCGGCAUGGAGCUGAACUUUUUGUGCUGGCUCAUAUGCCUUGAGCGAUUAGGGGUUGUGCAAGAAAGCGAUCACGUUGCACUUGUGAUCCGAGUACUUUGGAGAUAUCUGCAAGCUAUGCGAGUGUUGCAAUCGACCUAUUGGUUGGAGCCUGCAGGUUCGCACGGCGUCUGGGGUCUGGACGACUACCAUUUCCUGCCCUUUUGUUUGAGUCUGCGCAACUGCGAGUACAUCAAGCCCAAGGCAAUCCACGAUAGCGAGAUCGUGGACGAGUACGCGAAGCACUACCUGUACUUUGCAUGCAUCAAAUUCAUCAACCAGGUGAAGACGGCCUCACUGCGGUGGCAUUCGCCCAUGCUUGAUGACAUCUCCGCCAUGCGUUACAACCGUGUCUUCUAUCCCACGCAUGUUCUCACAGCGCGGCUUCCUGUAGGUAAGGACGUGGGACAAGUGGUGCUCGGAAAGCUGCCGGUCAUGCAGCACUUUCUCUUCGGGUCGAUUCUUUCGUGGGACGGCCCAAUGCCCCCGCCGCGGAGCGAGGUCGAGGAAGACGACGCGCACUUGGGCUACGCGCAUGCGCACCCAGACCUCGGGGGCGCGGGUCAGCGCGAGGUGGGGUGGGGUGACUGCUGUGGGAUCCCUGUGCCCUCUGUGUUCGCGUCGGCAGUCGCAGAGAAGAGCAAGGCAUCAGGCGGGAGGCGGGAGGCUGUCAGGACCGGGAUCAGAGCGGUUCCGUUCGCAGACUUGAGCAACUUCCUCUUCUACAUGAACGCAGACAUUAUUGUCUCAACAAAGUUCGCUAUGGUAUAUCUAGUCUAA